CUUGGAGUUUGUAUGCUGUUUAUCCGCUGUUCAUCCGCUGUUCCUCAAUACCUGGUUUGGUUUCCAAAGUGCCCCUGAACCGGACAAGAUGUCAUCGCACGUCAAGAUGGACUUCAAGCCAUUCGUUACUUCGUCAGCCAGUGGCCCACGCCAUGACCCUCACAGAGCGGCCAAAAUUGCGAGACAUGCCGUCUUCCGCGACAAUUUCGCCAUCAGCAGCUGGCUUUGCCUGGGCGCCGUUAUGCAGGUUCUCGCGUACUUGCUGCUGCCGCCGCUCUAUGCCAUGACCCCCGCUGUGUCCCUGCUGUCGUUUCGCUUCUUGCGCACGAUGCUGAUGCACCGCGGCGUCAUCGGAAACUCGCAGAUGGACGGCGUGAAGAUGGGCAAGUUCUCGGCCCAGAUCCCGGGGAAAUACAGCGAACCGCCAAGUCAAACUUCGGAGCAAGAUGUGACGGUUAUUAUUCUGGCCGCACGGUCAAACCAUGCUCUAGGGAUCUUCGGUCCGGGGUAUAGAGAUGUAUCGAACUACCUGAAUGCCAUGGUGGCCGAGCUCUGGGAAGACGCAGACAAGUACGGCUUCCUCGGCCAGACGACGUGGGUGGCCGCGAAUGAGCGCCACACAAACAACCAAGUCAUGGUCCUCUGCUACUUCCGCUCCGUCGAGGACCUUCACGCCUAUGCCCACGGCCCGCUGCACCGUCGGGCGUGGACCUGGUGGAACAGCAUCACCAAGUCCCAUCCGCAUCUCAGCAUCAUGCAUGAGGUCUACCACGCGCCCAAGAAGCAGUGGGAGAACAUAUUUGUCAACAACCACCUGACCGGGAUUGCCAACAUGCAAGCCAGGGUCGACAUGGAAGGCCAACGAGUCAGGCCGCUGGUGGAUGCCAGCCGGGGGGGUUUCAGGAGCCAGCUGGGUCGCUUGGGGCGGGGUGGUGGGGCAGAGAACGAGGUGUACGGCCCCGAGCCAUACUGAAGUAUCGAGAAGUCGUGUCAUGCUUGCUUUUGUCUUGACGAUAUGCAGCACUCAUGUAUGUCUACUGAAUCAUCAAGAAAACAAAGCGAAAUAGUGCGGCAUGUACUCUAGACGACCAGGAAAUAAAUACAUUUCUCCUCAA